AUGGCUUUCAGCUUCGGAUUCUCGGGUGAUGACAUCGACAUGGAUGACUCGGAUGUCAAUAAUGAUUUCUCCGACGUGCCCUCUCAGCAAACCGUUGGCAACCCUCUUCCUGAGCUGGUGCAGGCGAAUAAACAUGAUAUGAAUGAAUGGCUUUCAAUUCUACCUUCUCAGAUCUCAUUUAACAAACUCGCCGUCAGAAAUCUGACCGUGGCCCGUCGAGAGAUCUUCGACAUUCGUACUCAACUCAUGGCAGAAGACAGCGCCGGCCAUGAUAACGAGGAGCUUAUCGCGGGCAUCGAAAAAGGUGACAUCAAGCCCAAUUUCUAUGAAGGCGGUUUCAAGACCUGGGAAUGUGCAUUGGACCUCGCCAAACUCGCCUUGGACGAGAACACCCUUGGCGACUCUCCCGAUGGCCCAGCGGAUGUACAUAUAAUUGAGCUCGGCGCAGGAACAGCGGUUCCAACUUUGACUUUGUUUGCACGCCUUCUUCAGGGUGAAAUUGACCAAAGUCAGAAAAAGAUUACCUUGACUUUUGCGGACUACAACUCCGACGUGCUCCGUCUCGUUACGCUGCCCAACCUUAUCCUAACAUGGCACAACAGUCGCUCCCAAACCGCAGUUUCCACUAGCUCCACUGCACCUAGCCAAGAGGAAGAAGAGCUCGACAUAACCCCUGAGUUGGUUGAAGAAUUCAAGACUGACCUUGCAAAGCGUGGUAUCUCCGUUGAAUUCAUUUCCGGUGCUUGGUCACCUGAAUUUGUUGAUCUGGUCUUCUCAUCAGGCGAGGGAUCUUCUCGCAAAACUCUAGUGCUUGCAAGCGAGACCAUCUACUCGCCAGCUUCGCUGACAGCUUUCUCCGAAACUCUUCUCGCACUGCUUCGUCGGUCCAGCAAUGCAUCGACUCAGAGCCGGGCCCUUGUGGCAGCAAAGAAGGUUUAUUUCGGAGUUGGUGGCGGUGUUGAUGAGUUCCUUGCUGUUCUGAAAAACGUAUGUGCCGAUGAGUUGGACGUACAGCAGAAAUUGAAUGUGCAGUCUGAGGGCGUGGGGAGAGUGGUUCUGGAAGUUGUUCCUGCAGCCCAAUCUUAG